GAUGGCGUACGGCUCAGUCGGUCGCCGGACGUCAGCUCAGCUGCCAACUUCAUUCAGUUCCUUUCUGGCUGCCGUCGAACGUUGUCGUCGUUCGGUUGAAUCGAAUCGCCAAGCGCAGCUCGCCAAAAAGCCAGGCCAAAACCUCAAAGCCAGGGCUCAGUGAAACAGUUAUCUGAAAAUUCGAAAAAAUCGCGUGAAAUUUAUUUUCGAAAAAAACAACAAAUUUUCAAAAUUUCCAACCAAGUGGCUAAGAAAAGUAAACAAAACAAACAUACAGCACAGCACAUUUCUUGGAUUAAGUGCCGCAAAAGUUCCUGUUAGCAGCAGCAACACACCAACCACUUGGAUUACUACAAACAACAGUAUUAUCACAUAAAACUAGCACAAAAAUUGAAUGAAAUUUCAUUAACAAAAAUAAAUCAUUUUUCAACUACAACAAUUUGCUAGGCAACCAAAAAAGAAACAACAAACUUGUGCAACAUCCCAAAACAAAUGUGAAAGCGUGACAAACAAACAAAAAAUACGAAAAACAAAUGAGCAAAAAGUGAACAAAAAAGUGAAAAGUAUAGAGUGAGUGUUCAAAAAUGCUGCAGUGAACCCUUUGAAAAAAAAAUCCGCAAAAAAACACCAGCUAACAAAUUAUAAAUCUACAACAGCAGUAGCGACAACACAGAGAGACAAGUGUUGUUGUCCCAUGUUUUUGUUGAUGCCAUGCAAUUGAUUGUUGACAAAAUUCCCAUGUAUUCCAAACAAACAACGAAGCGCAAUUCCAAAAAGAAAAAUGAUGAAAUGAACCAGCAGGCGGGCUCCUCAAGGGCGCCAGCCACCGGGGGCCAAAUCUCACCGCCAGGUGCCACAACCGUCGGCGUGGACCAGCAGCAACAGUUGCAGCAGCAGCAGCAGCAGCAGUACUACAACCAGCAGCAGCAACAGCAACAGUAUCAGCAGCAACAUCAACGCGACAAUUUCCUGGCCUACCAGCAACAGCAGCAGCAGCAGCAGCAGCAACAACAGCGAUCGGCUGGCGGCGGAGUGGGCGGCGGUGGCAACUUUAUGCUGGGCAAUGACCUUGUCGGCGGCGACAGCCUGCGCAGUCUGAACAACACCUUCGGUCCCAACUCCGAGUUCACGGCCCUCGGAGGCGCCACCAGCUCCUCGACCUCGACGCUGAGCGGUCUGAACAGCUCCAGCGGUCAGGGAUACACGGGCAUGGUUGCUGCCAGCCAGCAACACCAACAGCAGCAGCAACACCACCAGCAACAGCACCACCAACAGCAACAGCAACACAUGAGCAGCAUGGACGCCAUGGGCGGUUACAGUCAGAUGGGUGGCGGCAUGCACCCUGGACCCAAUAGCGGCAUGAUGGGCAACAUGAAUGCCCAGUACAUGAACGGAGGUUCCAGCCAGGGCGGCUAUAAUGGCACCCAAGGCAUGGGAAUGGGCUACGGCGGAGGGGGCAACAUCGGACCCCAGAGGCAUCAUCAGAUGACGCCCAUGAACCAGAUGCAGAAUAUGACGAUGGGCCCGGGAGUCGGAGGAAGUGGUGGCGGCAUGGGCGGCGGCAUGAAUCCGCUGCAGCAACAGGCGGCGCAGCAGCAGAUGGGCGGCAUGAAUCCGAUGGCCAAGAUGCAGGGCAUGGCCAACGGGGGCUACCCCCAGCAGGCACCCCCCUCCCUCUCCCAGCAGCAGCAACAGCAGCAGCAGCAACAACAACAGCAGCAGCAGCAGCGCCGCAUGGCUCCGUAUCCCCACCCCCAGAUGCACAUGGCCCAAAAGCGGGCGGCGGCCGGCGUGGGCGGGGCCGGCGGAGUGGGCGGAAUGUAUCCGGGCAAUCCCAUGCAGCAGCAGCAACAGGCUCAGAUGUACGGCGGCCAGCAGAUGCAUCCCGGAUCCGGCGGCGGAGUUCCCCUGCCCAUGCAGGCAGGUGGGGUGGGAAACGGUUACGGACGCAGUGGACCCAUGGGCGCCGGCAGUGGGGGCUAUGGCCGCAUGUCGGCCGCGAAUGGAAUGGGUCCCGCGGGCGGACCCGUGAUGGGACCCAUGGGUCCGGGAGCCAUGACCGCCGGAGGAAUGGGUCCCGGACCCGGCUGCAUGAGCCAGCAACGCUUCAUGCCCCAGGGAGCCGGCGGCGGAAUGCCCUAUGCCGGAGUCGGCGGAGGAGCCGGCUCCCAUCAGGGUCAGUUCUAUCCGGGCAGCGGUCCCAGUGCCGGAAUGCAGCAGGCAGGUGGCAUGUGCCCGGCGGGUCCGGGCGGCGUGGCCACCACCGGCAAUCCCUACCAGAAUCAAGGUUUCCAGCAAAACUAUCAGCACAGUCCAGUUCCUGGCAAUCCCACGCCACCGCUGACGCCCGCCUGCAGUGUGCCCUAUGUCAGCCCCAAUCCGGACAUCAAGCCACCCAUGGACAACAGCGAAGAAAUGAGACUGACAUUCCCGGUGCGCGACGGCAUCAUCCUGGCUCCUUUCCGCCUGCUGCACAAUCUGUCGGUCAGCAACCACGUGUUCCAUCUCAAGCAGAAUGUCUACAACACGCUGAUGUGCAGAACCGACUUGGAGCUGCAGCUGAAGUGCUUCCACCAGGAUGAUCGGCAGAUGAACACCAAUUGGCCGCACACCGUCACCGUCUCCGCCAAUGCCACGCCCCUGAAUAUCGAGCGGUCCGAGAAGAACAGCACCGCCCUGCGUCCGUUGUAUUUAAAGGCCGUUUGCCAGCCAGGACGGAAUACGCUCCAGCUGACCGCCAGUUCCUGCUGUUGUUCGCAUCUGUUUGUGCUGCAGCUAGUCCAUCGACCGUCGGUGCGUCAGGUGCUGCAGACGCUGCACAAGCGCAACCUGCUGCCGCUGGAGCACAGUGUGCAGAAGAUCAAGCGCAACUUGAGCCAACCGGAGGCGAAUGCCGGAUCGGAGGCCACGCCCCAGCAGGGCGGUGGCCAGCAGUGCGCCAAGAUCUCAUUGAAGUGCCCCAUCACCAAGUCGCGGAUACGACUGCCGGCCAGGGGGCACGAGUGCAAGCACGUGCAGUGCUUCGAUUUGGAGGCGUAUCUGAUGAUCAACAGCGAGCGGGGCUCGUGGCGCUGCCCGGAGUGCAGCAAGUCGGCCAUCACCGAUACGCUGGAGAUCGAUCAGUACAUCUGGGCCAUACUCAACACGCUGGGCAACUCGGAUGUGGACGAGGUGAUCAUCGAUUCGUCGGCCAAUUGGCGGGCAUUGCAGCACAAUGGUGGCAUGCCGAAUGCACCGCCGCCCUCGAAUGUUCCUACCAAUGCCAGCGGCAACACCGGAAACGGAAAUGGUAAUGUCAACGGCAAUGGAAACGUAACCGGAAGUGGCAGCAGUGGCAACCCCACGCUGCCGGCCAUCAAACAGGAACUGUGCGACGACAUCGCCAAGGUCAUGUCGCCGGGCUCCACCCAACUGCCCACCUGGGACAGUGCGCAGGCGAUGAGUCCCUACAACAUGCACGACAUGAACUCCAUUGCCAGCGGCAACAUGAUGGGCAACGGCGGCAACACCAACCAGCAUGGCAAUCGCAGCAGCUACGACGGCUUCAGUGGCAACCACAGCGACGGCAGUGGAGGAUUGGCCGGCAGCGAUGGUGGUGUCAACUCCCUCGACCAGCUCAAUGCCAUGGAAAAGUCGCUCAGCGAUCAGAUGCCCCACACCCCGCACACUCCUGGAGCGGCCAGUCAUCCGAUGACCCCCGGCGGUCCGCCCAGCGUGAGCAGUUCCCACAACGAGCCCAUCAGCGGCGGUACGCCCAACGCCAACGGCAGCGGUAACAACAACAGCAGCACGGGCCACAAUUCGCCCCAGACGCCGGGCACGCCCAGUCGGAUGGGCGGCGGCGGCGGUAUGGGAGGCGGUGGAGCGGACAGCCAGCAGCAGCAACAGGAGCAGCUGCUCAACUCGCUGAUGAGCAGCCAAACGCAGCUGAAGUUCAGCGAAAGCGAUCUGAGUGCCGAGCUGCAAAGUUUCGAUGCGGCGGCAGCGGCCAUAAACGAUACAGCCCACGAUCUGAAUCUGCUGCAGGACGUGGAUCCCAUGGAAAUCCUGUCCUAUUUGGAUCCACAGCCCGAUCUUAACACUCCGCCCUCGAGUGGCAGCAGCAACAACAACGCCAGCGACGAUUUGCUGGCCACGUUGUUUGACUAGACCUUUAAAGCAACAAACAAACAAACAAACAAACAAAACAAGCUAAAAUCAAGGCCUAAUAGCUGAGAGAGAGUUGGAGAAUUGAAAUGGCAGAAAUACCAUAAAUUGUAUAUAGUAUUAUUAAUUUUAAAGAAAUGUGCACUAGAAGCCAGUCUCGUACUUCAACAAACAUUUUCGUUUCCUCACACAAACCAACAGCAGCAACAAGUAAAACCACAAAAAUGGAUAAACUAUUACAAACAACACACUGGAUGAGAAAUCGAAGCGGAAAUUUAAAUUUGCCCGUGUUGAAAAACAAUGAAAUGUGAUUUAAAAAUUAAUUAAUUAAAUUAAUUGGCAUUUAAUUUAAAGCUAACUGACAAGAAAAAACAACAUAAAAAAACAAAAAAAAGUACACACAUACACACAAAAGCGUAAAAAAAAUAACAAACAGUCAUUAUACCAUAUAAAACAAAAGAAAAAAACAAUCAAUUCAGUUGAGAGCAUGAAAAUUCCUUCAAUGAAAUUUACGAAUUUAAAAUGCAGCAGAAAGUCCUUUGUUCGUUUAUUUGAAAAUUACAUUUUUCGUUUGCCUUAUCCCAGACUUUUGUUGCAAAAUGUUUCUUGUUCAUUUACAAAGUAUUAAAACUAUUAAAAAAAACGAUAAAGAGAGAGAGAGAGAGAAAGAGUUAAUUCAGUAAAAACAAAUUAAGCAUGAGCAAAGAAAAACAAAAGAGAAAAAAUGAGAAAUACAAAAUACAUACAAGUAAAAUCCCAACAAUUUUAUUACAUUUAUAAAAUGAAAACAUUUACAUUUUAAUUGUUGCAUAAUUUUAAUUAUUUUUUAAAGCCUAUCUACAUAUAAAAAUUAAUUGAUUUAGCUCGGUAAAUGAUAAACGAAAUUUAACAGACCAGCGGAAAAAAUAUUAAGAAUUAUUAACUAUAACGAACAGAAAAUAGAUGUGUAUAAUUAAGUGACAAAACAAAACUGCAUAAUUAGCGGAAGAGAGAAACAAACUAUUAAAAGUGUAAAUCAAAUUUAAUGAUAGAUCUUAAAUAUAUUGUAUAUAUGGAUAUGUAUGUUAUAUAUGCGGCAACAACAAGAACACACCCCUCCCCCCAAAACACACACACACACACAAAGCUAAUUAAUACAUUUAAAUAAUGAUAAUAAUAAAUGAAAAAAACAAAAAGUAUUUCAAAACUAAAA